AUGCCUGGUGGUGUCUGCGCCGUCCUCGACUACGAUGUCGAGGUCAUGGCCGAAUACGUUGCCGACAUGGCGAUUAGGGUUGUCACCCCCGAGGCCACUGUGACACCGGGCUUUCGCAAGUUCGUGUCUCAGAUCCUGACAUCCACGCGCCUGCCUAGCACCACGAUCCUCCUCGGCAUGAACUAUCUUGCGAAGAGGAUCAAUUCCAUGAAGACCCAAGGCGCUUAUACGGCGACCGAGGGCCAAGUAUGGCGCUACCUCACGGUGUCUCUGCUUCUGGGCAGCAAAUUCCUGGACGACAACACUUUCCAGAAUCGAUCCUGGUCCGAAGUCAGUGGAAUAUCUGUCUCGGAACUCAACGCACUCGAAUUUGACUGGGUGCAGUCCAUGUCAUGGCGCUUGUACGUCAACCUUGACUUGAGCAAGGAUUACCAAGCUUGGCUGGAGAAUUGGAAGGAGUGGCAGCAAAACAAGAAGAGGCAGUUGCAAGCCUCUCGCGAGAGGGCGACGCCCCGUAUCCCUGCCAUCAACACGGAGGUCGGCCGAUAUCACGACGGUCGUCACUCUUCGUACUCGCGCUACGUUAAAGACCAAGCUGCGGAAAUUGAGCGCUACCAGACCGGCAAGGUCCACCAACAUGGUAGCUAUCAUUCACGAGACUCGGCCUGGUCCAGCAAUGCUUGGAGCGCGCCUCUCACACCCCCCGACUCUGGCUACGGUACCCCUGAGUCCUAUGGCAUGUCGGCAGUGUCGAGCAAUGCGCACUACAACGACUGGUUCUCUCAAGCCGCUGCUCAGUACAACGGACGCUUUCACCAGGCCCCUGCGCGCAAUCCUUUCUACUCGAGCCGCCCCCCUGCGUACAGUGCCCAUGGUUACACAUACAACCAGCACCAAAACAUCUGGGAGCAUGGCAUGGCUGAGUGUAACUGCCCCUCUUGCGCCGGCCCUCUCAAGGACGGCCCCUACUUCACAUCGCAUGGCUACGGUCAGCCUGUGAUGGGCUAG